AUGACCUUAUCCAGCAGUAACUCAGGUGGAUGUACCUACCGUUUUAUAGAAAGCUCUCUCUCAACACUUCCUGUCCAAACAAAUUACGAUCUGGAAAUCAGACAGCAGCCAGAGAGAGCCAAAGUUAGCCUGAUCAAUGAGAGAGACCGACGACCCAUUGAACCUCCACCCAUCUUACAACUACACUGGGAGAAUUGUUCAGAAGAAGAAUUGAAGAAAUGCUUGCAGAGUCCGUUUUACUUUACUGUUGCUAAUCUGGUUACUGAAGAUGAUCCAGAAACUCCAUUACUACCAGUGCAAGACUACAUGUCGGGUUCGACCGUAUCUUCACUCUAUCGACUUCGAGAUAUUGAUAAUUCAGAUGGCGGCUUCUUUGUAUUUGGCGAUCUUGCUGUCAAGAAAGAAGGCAAAUUUAAAUUGAAAUUCUCAUUGUUUGAAAUUGUCGAAGGACAAGUUGAAAACAAACGAACAAUGCUUUCAAACACAUUUACUGUAUUCAUUCCAAAGCAAUUUCCUGGUCCAGUAGAAGCAACAUUUUUGUCAAGGACAUUCUCUGAUCAAGGUGUCAAAAUGAGAAUUCGCAAAGAGCAUCGUCUUCAGUCACGAAAGAGGAAACUUGAAAAUGGAAAUGAUUCAUCAUCUGCCUCAUCUGUAACGAAUGAAUCCGCUUCUCAACCAACAAAGAGGUAUCAUACAAAACAUUCAAAGAUGGUGGUCUCUUCUCCAUCGUAUGCUGAGCCAUCUGCUUCGACGUCUGAUGUCUUCUUUGGUCGUUGGCAAGCAACAACACCUCAUCACCACAACAGCAGAGAUUCUACUACUGCACCAACACCGCCGCCUUCCAGUACCACUGCUGCUACUUGCAAUUCAGCUGAAGACGUAGAGUAUAAAAGAUUGACUAGCAAAUUCAAGUAUCAAUAUCCUGAAGAUCAUGCCCAAGCGUUCCCCAGUCCAGAAAGCACCAUUUAUAAUACUAUCCCUCACGCAGCAUCAAGCGCAUCCACUCCUCGUUCCAUGUCUUGGGGAUAUAGAUGUAGCGAACGAGAUGCAUACAGUCGAUCCCUACCGCGUGCUUCGUGGCCUAUACUGAACUCAAAUACUGGACGCUCCUCUCCUGAACUGAUUUCCAACGUUGGCCAUUUCACAGAUUCGCCGCCUCCCAUGGCAAGACGACUACCACAAGAUCCUUCAUUAGCAAGAUAUCAUACAUGCUCGGAUACUAAAUCUUCCUUCCAUUCAAGAGAACAUGGCAUUUUAAAUGAUCUACCAACUCCUCCCUCAUCUAUUACUGAAUUACAUCAAAAUGCCACUGGAACACAAAGCUGGGGUACUCGACUGCCUCCUUUAAGAGCCAUUAUGAAUAAUUUAGAUCAACACAUGAACAAAUCCUCUCUGUUUCCAUUGCUAUUACCGCCUCCAGCGCCCUUGGUUGCAUUGCAUGCUUCUCCAGCUUUAAAUGAACAACACAAUUACCCAUAUUAUCGCUAG